AUGGCACAAGAUAAUCUAUCAGCAAUUCUAGUCAAACCGAACGAAAUUAAAUUAGAACAAAGACCAAUACCUGAGCCAGGACCAAAUCAGGUGCUAUUGCAGAUGGAGGUAGUCGGAAUUUGUGGAUCAGACGUACAUUAUUGGUUAGAGGGACGUUGCGGACCUUUUAUUUUAGAAAAACCCAUGGUAAUGGGUCACGAAGCAUCCGGAACAGUGGUAAAGUGUGGAUCCGAAGUAACUUCGCUAGAACCAGGAGAUAGAGUAGCUAUAGAACCGGGAGUACCUUGUAGAAGAUGUGAAUUUUGCAAAACUGGCAGGUAUAACAUUUGUCCUGAUAUACUUUUCUGCGCAACUCCACCCGUCGAUGGAAAUCUCGCAAGAUAUUUCGUCACAGACGAAGAUUUUUGUUUCAAAUUACCUUGUAAUAUGAGUUUUGAAGAUGGGACUUUAAUGGAACCGUUAGCAGUAGCAGUACACGCAUGCAAACUUGGGAAAGUUACUAUUGGUUCCGUCUGUUUAGUACUAGGUGCUGGACCUAUUGGGCUAUGCACGGUAGCUGCUUUCAGGGCUUACGGAGCGCGUAAAAUUCUCGUCACCGAUCUAUUAGAUUAUAGAUUAGAGCUAGCGAAAAAAAUGGGUGCAAACUUUACUUUGAAUACCUCGGGAAUGGAUGAAGAUGCAGUUACUGAGAAAGUAUUGAGUUUACUAAAAGAAGAACCUCACGUAUCUGUCGAAUGCGCUGGAUCCGAACAAUGCGCAAGACUUUGUAUGAAAGUAACUAGAGCUGGAGGGGUUAUGAUACUGUUAGGUAUGGGUGGACUUGAAAUGACGAUGCCGUUCGGUGCUGCUUUGGUCAAAGAAAUAACUUCUAUAGGAUCUUUUAGAUAUAAUAACGAUUAUCCCGAGGCUAUUGAAAUGGUGAGAUCUGGAAGGGCCGAUGUUCGAGGUCUUGUUACGCAUCAUUUCACAUUGGAAGAAACCCAAAAAGCUUAUGAAACGCACAGGGAUAAGAUUGGAAAUCCCAUUAAGAUUAUGAUACACUGUAAUCCCAAUUGGAAACCGGAAUAG